UCAAUAUCCUAAUUGGAAAAGGACAUUGAUAUAUUAAAGUUUAGAAAAUAUCCAUUGGAUAAAGUAAGUUCAGUAGUUGCUCUCUUCAAAUUGAAACAUGGUUGAAUAGUUCAUAAGUUCCUCUCCGCAAUUCAGUUCAAUAAACUGCGAUGACACUUGAAUGCUUCAAAUUGACCACAGAACUGUUGGGUUCGCUACUUCAAACAAUAUGUAAAGUUGAUGAUGUUGACAGCACUUUUGAACGUUUGCCCGAUUGUCUCGUGAUUGAUAUUCUGAGUAGACUUCCACCACAUUCUUUUCUAAGAUGUCGAUGGGUUUGUAGGCGUUGGAGAGCUUUGGUCUCAUCACACGACUGUUUUACCACCUUACAUGAUCUCUGUAGAGCUAGUACACCCAUGCUUCUCAUACGUGAUAAUUUUGCCAAGCACAGGCCUGGUCUUUAUGUUUUUGGUGAAAACAAGAAGUGGUGGAAGAAGGCCGCCUUCGAGAACUUACAUCUCAGACCUGAACUUAUGAUUAAUAAGCACUGGAAAGACAACGUUGUUAAUCUUUCAUACUGUUGUCAAGGAGUUCUUCUGUUUGCUUCCAUAAGUUGGCAAAAUAUUUAUUAUGUUGUCAACCCAGUAACACAAGAGGAAGUAACUAUUCGACAUACACUUUAUCCCGGCUACGUAUCUGCUCUGUACUUUUGUCCCUACACAAGACAAUUCAGAGUUCUUUACACGCAAGUACGAGGCAGUUCUUGUCAGUAUUUCGUAUAUAUUUUUAAGAUGCGGUCAUGGAGGAAAAUCCGUUCGUCCACCUCUUUCAACUUUUUGUCAAGCGGUGGCAAUCCACCAGUUGUUAAUGGAGCAUUGCAUUGGAUCGUGUAUCACGAUUUGGAAAGAAAAACUAUUACUCCUUGUGAAAAUGGAAUCAUGGUUUUCAGAAUGGAUAAGGAAGAAUUCUCUGCUAUGCCUAAUCCUGGAAGUAGUCCUCUCUGUAAAUCAAAGGAAGCGCAUCAAACUAUGACUCUUUCGGUGAAGAAUGAUCGGUUGUCUUUCUGUAACUUGCUUUUCCCCAAGUAUACCGUGGAUAUAUGGAUUUUGGAGGACUAUGAGGCACAAACGUGGAUGAAAAGGUACAAGGUUGAUCUCUUAAAUGAGAGAAUUUUCCCUCUUAGUUCGCGUCUCAGGGAAAUUCUAUGAGUUCGUGGCAACACUAAGAGGUGGAUAAAGGUUUUGUACGUCCAAGAAGGCGAGCUUUUGCUUCAAUUGCAGCAGAUUGAUCAAGAGUUAUUUCUUUAUAAUUUAGAUCAUAGAACUGUGAAGAAAAUUGAAUUGCCGCGAAAGGAAAUGACGUUAUAUACUUGUAAGCCUUAUAUGAAGAGUUUCCUAGCAAUAGCCUAACUCCUCUGUUGUUGUCAUCAUUAACAUUUCUAAUUUUAUCGUUUUAAGUUAUCAAAUGGUGUUUUUUAGUUGUA